CAGUUCCCAUAAAUUCAGCAUGAGGAAUUUCCUGAACUUUGUGUUUCUUUGCAUUGUUCUCUAUGCAAAAGUUGAAUGUGAAACAUCUGAACAUCCGCUGAGUCAAUCCUGCGAUUCAUUUUGUUUUAAAACGCUGAAACCGCUGCUUGGAUACGCUUCGGAUACAAAACUAAAGCUUGAGGAGUGUGCGGACUUACAGUCCAAGCUGAACGAUCAGCAAGCAAUUACUAAAAAUAAAAUUGAUCUCAUCAAUGUCUACAAAGAUCUUUGUGAAAACCAAACAGCCGAACUGGCAGCUCUUAAGCAGCAGCUUGCUGAUAUAAAAAACGCCUUAAUUUCUCCCCUAUCUGGAAGCUGCAUUCGUAAACAAACUGAUGUUUACGAUAUUAAAGUUCCUGGCAUGGAAGCCUUCAAAGUUAGUUGCGACUCAAGUCUGUAUAAUAAUGGUUGGACUGUCAUUCAACGCAGACAGGAUGGAAGUGAAAAUUUUAACCGAAAUUGGACUGAAUAUCGCGAAGGAUUUGGUGAUAUACGCAGCGAAUUCUUUAUAGGUCUGGAGAAACUUUAUUUGCUUUUAAAGUCACAACCUCAUGUAUUGUAUAUACAUCUGGAGGAUUUCAGGCAGGAAAAGCGUUUUGCGCUUUAUACUAACUUUUUUAUAGGCAAUGAAGAUGAGGCAUAUGCGUUGAAAUCGCUUGGAGUGUACUCGGGUAAUGCGAAAGACGCAAUGAGAAACCAUUUAAAUAUCAAGUUUUCGACACCAGAUCGUGAUAAUGACAUGAAGAAUGGAACCUGUGCUGAAUCGUUUGAGUCAGGCUGGUGGUUUAAUAAGUGUUACAAUUGCAAUCUUAAUGGCAUAUAUUCUGCAACUGAUUCUGAUGAGGAUUUAAAAGGGUUGCAAUGGCGACAUUGGCACGUGAGACCAUUAAAAUUCGUGCAAAUGAUGAUAAGACCUAGAGACUAGAUAGAAGCUUAGCUUGUGAAUAUUUUAAAAAUAAACUA